CCCCCCCCCCCCCGUAAAAAAAUGGUCUGCGACCGCUGUAUCCGUGUAGCGAGUCUGUUCUUUCGCGGUCUCGUUCGUACAAACGAAAACGCGGAAGAACAGACUCGCGACACGGAUAAGUAAACUGAUAGAAACAAACAGGACAAAGCUCUGCUAACAGCGUACCACGGACAACCCACACAAAUACUAAAAUGGCAAAUAAAAAUGUAGAGAAUCAGGAUAAGGUGAGACCUGGAAUUUGGUGAUUUAUUUUGUUAAUUUUCGUGCACGAGAGCUCAACUAUUUUUGGAUUCCAAUAUCCUAGACGUUCGCACGCAUUUUAAGCCUACUGAAACUUUUCAUAUCGAGGCAAAAUGAUAAAAACAAAUGCUGAGUGAUACGGAAAUAGGACUGCUACGGAACUCGUUAUCGUACUGUAUCAGAACAAAGUUGAUAUUUCAUGAUAAAACAAUCCAUAGCCACAAUUUCCAAAUUAUGAACAAGGGUUGGCCCAACCACAGCAACGGGCGCAUGAGGUCAACUCCUGGUGAACAACAAGAUGUUACAGUCCUGUAACUUUAAGCCCAAAUCCCUUUUUUGCUUUUUGAAUUCUUUUAACUAAUACUUUUUUAUGAUCAUCACAUUUUGUUCCAACCUUUCUAUUUGUGUGCAUGUUAAAUACCCCUGGCGAAUAAAUGAUAACGAUAUUGUUUAUUUAUUUGACUUCGCCAUAAACAACAACACAAAAUCUAACAAAACAAAACCCGGGGAGCCACUACGGACCGGGCCAAUUACAGUAUCAGUUAUGGAGCUACAUUGUCGUUGGGCUUCCUUUAGCUGUUUAGUAAGGCUAGCUAUACACACAAUAUGCAAAAAAAAAAAAAAAAAACGCAGACUACACGCAAACUGCUCUGAUGCGCGCGCGUAUUAGAACUGUACGAGAAAGGGCUAAACGAACCUUGAUUUUGAGGCCUUCGAUGGCAAGAGCACGCGCGACGCCUUGGCCGCCCAGAAAGGGAAUUUUCUUAUUAAAAAAGCUUGUCUUUUUUCUUACAUAAUACCUUAUUACACUUAAUAUUCGCGACGACAAAAUUUCGCGAUUUUGAGAUGGCGAUAUUCCGCGACACUUUAUUUUCGCGAUUUUUCCUUACCAAAGCAUCCUUAUUUUCGCAAAACUUUAUUUUCGCGUCACUUUAUUUUUGCGAAUCUUUUAAAAUCGCGAAAUUAAAGUAACACGAAAAUUUAGUGUAAUAAGGUAUUUAUACCUGUGCACCCAUGCAGCAUAUUGUCAAAGACAGAUAUAACAUUUUAAUGUUUUAAGAAUCCUUAAUUGGGGACGGCUGUGGCAAGUCCCAGGGUCAUUGGAUUCAAAGUGGCUCCCUGCAAUAAAUACGACAACCUGUCCCGGGACACUUUUCAAUUUUGAUGUAAAGUGUUAUUAAAAUUUGUCUCGGCGUUAAUAAAUAGCGGAUAAUCAGGAUAUAAUUCACUAAUAAAAAUAGCCCAAAAAAAGCACUUCAACCUCACGGUAUCAAUGUUUUGAAUAAGGAAACAAUAGCCAAUGUACGAAAACGUGGUUUCUUUAGCAUCAACUCAUAAAGCGCGCACACAAGAUUAUUUCGCCAUGCCGACAAAUUAAUAUAACUCCUUGUGUUUUCCUCGGACAUUUUGUUUCUACGAUUGUGGUCACCUUUGAACCUUUUGUCAACGGCCAGAACCCAAUUUGAACUAGUUUAAUUAAUAAUUUUAAUUAAUUUAAAAACCUGCCAUUUAUAAAAAUAGGUGUAAUAAAAAACAUUUCGGUGUCAGUUGGAUAAGAGCCAAGAGAAAUUUCUAUUGCUACUUGUAUUGCUAGUUUAGUAAACAUUUUCGAAUGAGCAGAUAGCUUGCCUUUUUUGCAAGUAUGCUUUCGACUAUUUCCUUCGCUGUUAUGUGCAUUCUGGCUACAUACGGUAGAGCAGAUGCUCAGUGUCGGACGCUUUCGUUCGCGCUUCCAACAACAAAUCGAUCGUUGAUCAAUCACGUAAUCGAGAUUGUGAAUGUAACUGAUCCAGACGAAUGCGAGAAGAAGUGUUAUCUGACAGACAACUGUUGGUCCAUUAAUCACGGGCCCUCAAGCAGCGGGGACUUGGUGUGUGAGCUCUGUUCCUCGGAUCAUGUGCGGCACCCCGAUGAUCUGGUGCCGAUGAUCUGUGCUAUAUACGGCUUCGCGUAUAUAGCCACUGAGAAUGGCUGCUCCAGCAAUCCGUGUUCCGCGAGUGUCCCGUGUCACCCUGGGGAUUUACCCAGCAUGCAUCGCUGUGUGUGUCCUCCAGGGUUUACAGGAAUCCAAUGCGAUGAUAUCGACGAGUGCACAAACGCGUCAGCUUGUCACGUGAACGCCGCGUGCACCAACACGCCAGGUUCAUACACGUGCACGUGCAAGCAAGGUUACCAUGGUGACGGCAAAAGAUGCGACACUAUUUAUGGCACCGACUGUCAAGAUAUUCGCACACGCUACCCUUCGUUGACAAGUGGCAUGUUCUUCCUUGACCCGGAUGCUGGUAGUCAUGACAACGCGUUCAUGGCGUACUGUGAUAUGACGACAGAGGGCGGUGGCUGGACCAUGUGCUACACUAGCGAUGAGCUGGCAAACCCAAAAACGGAAGUGACGUAUGACCCAGCACAUCCAUACGGCACUGUUGGGUAUCGAACCAACUGCAACCCAUUGGAGUUCAACGAAGUAAUUUUCUUCAGCUUAUCUGCGCAUGCGUGGUUCAGGCGCAACGAUGGACAGAUGAUGAAACUCUCUGAGAGUUACUCUACAACCUCGGAUACGAACGGAUUAUGGACGGGGAGCGGCGUCGCAUCAACCUAUAACAAUCCAUAUCAGCUGUUAAUAUGUGACAUAAUUUUGUUCGAGGGAUUUUUCGUUAGUGGUUUCCACGAAGGGAAACACAAGUCUUGUUUAAACUGGCAAAACGAUAAUACGAGCCCUUAUUACCGAAUGGCCUGGAAAGGUUAUUAUGGCUGGAAAGGAGUGGCUUUUAAUGAGAAUGGAUAUAAGUCGUUACCGAGAAAGAUUGUAAGUGUAGGAAUACGGCGAAAAAAUUGAAAAAAAUCAGACACCAAUGUGAUGGAUGUAUGCGGGACAAGAAAAGAGCAUCACAAAAGAAAUAAAAGGCUUGCAGACUUUUUAA